AUGUGCGCCUUUACUUCUACUUCCCACAAAGUCGAAUCUGAAUGGAAUGUUCAUGUCAAUGCGCUCAAGAAAUGGGUACUGCACCAUGGCUGGCGCGACGCCAUGUAUGCCAUCGAGCCAGUCCGUAUGCACCCUGAUUCACUGAUUGAUCAGUUCUGUGAGACGCUGGACCAUAUUGCACGCCACGAUAAGUCCUUUGCUCGCAGAUUCGGUCACCACUUCCACCGCCAUGCGGCUUACCUGAGCAGCAUGGAUGACCCUGAAUGGGGUAGCACUGCACAAAACCACAGAUUUCGCGCCGACAACAUUUACAACUAUGAUGACCACAGCGAGGAUACCGACUCUGCUGGUCAGCCCAAUAUUUGA